AUGACAGAUAAAAUUGAUGAACAACAACAAAAUGUGGUUGAAGAUCAACAUGAACAACAACCACCACCUUCCAAUAGAAAUGAUAGUGGUGUUGGAACUUCACAUGACCACUGGGGUAUUCUCUAUUUAGACAACAACGAUGACGAUAGCUGUUCAAUCAUACAUAUCUAUAAGUACAAGAAAGUUAUACAUCUUGAGGAUUUCAAAAUGGAAGGUGACAACACUGAAAAGUUGAUAGUCAGUAAACAGCGGAUUGGUCAAACCGAUAUGGACUUUGGAGAGCUUGUUGCCAAUUGUCAUAAUGUCACCAAUGCAUAUGUUUGUCAAGAGGGUAUAGUUCACCACUGUGAGAAAUGGACCAACGAGAUAAAGGUUCACUUGCAACCACAACUCCAAGAGGAGAAGAAGGAGAAACAGGAAAAGUAUAAAGAAGAACAAAUUGAAAAAGAACAUAAACACAAAGAAGAAGAAGAAAAAGAAAAAGAAAAAGAAAAAGAAAAAGAAAAAGAAAAAGAAAAAGAAAAAGAAGCAGAGGAGGAAGAUAAUGAUAAAGAUCAUGGAUAUCAUUUUAAAGCAUCAGUUUAUAUUGUACAUAUUAAAGAUAAUCACCAGGAAUUAUUAAAUCACGUGAUAACCAAUAAGAAACAUGGUAUUGGUAGGGAAAAUGAUAAAAAUAAUUCAUGUAUCAUUUUAUAA